UCUAAUUUGCAUUUUUAAAGUUAUCGUUCCUGAUGUUGUUGACAUUUAUAAUAUGCCGAUGCUUAUGUGAUAUCUUCCGGGGAUGUGAACGUUGUUGCGAUACUUGCCAAUGUGGUGAUAUUUGCCGAUGCUGCUGUGAUAGACCUAGGAAAGUCACCAUCUACAGGACAGAGCACAGACACCGAAGACAUAUAAUAUUAAAAGCUGCAGUGCUAUGCUUCCUCCUGAUUUUCAUAACCGCUACGUUGAUUAUGGGAGUGAUGGCCACCAGGUCUCCUGCGCUACAAUACGUGUUCGCAGUUCUCAACGGAUGUAUUGGGUUUGUUCUACUCAUCUGCGUUUAUCUUCUGUCGAAACACGUCGAAAGGGAAUAUGUUCCAUCUGUUAUAGUCGAUUCAUCCAUUCACGGUCAAACUCUAGUGGAUGUUCAAUACGAUCCAGAAAUUACUGUUUCUGGUUACCGGCGUGAUUAUGUGAACGAAGGCUUUGAGAUGAGAGAACCUACGUCGCAGGAGCCAGGACAGACACAGUUAAGUAGAAAGAAAUACACCAGAGUGUUUUAUACUGACGGUUCUUCAGAACAACAACAGUAUUAUAGCGACAGGAGAAAUGAACAAGUAAACAUUCGGUAUGUAGAUGAACAACCUGAGGUGGUCCGUAGAAGAGAUGUCAAUGCUGAUGUAAUUGUCGAACGCAGACCAAAAGAACUGCGUGAAAGAGUGGACAUUGAACAGGAUGUUGUUACUGGAAAAUACUAUACAGACAGUGACUAUCAACAAACUAGUGUGGGAAGAAAGGUGAUAAUAACUGAACAUGGACAAAGAGAACCUGAACAUAUACGCAGAACAAGAGCUCGAAAAGAAAUGGAUGCCGAGAUAAUGGUUGAACGCAGACCAAGAGAAUUGCGUGAAAGAGUUGACAUCGAACAGGAUGCUGUUACUGGAAAAUACUAUAGAGACAGUGACUAUCGACAAAAGAGUGUUGGAACAAAGGUGAUCAUAACCGAAGAUGAACAAAGAGAACCUGAAGGUAUACGCGAAACAAGAGCUCGAAAAGAAAUGGAUUCUGAGAUAAUGGUUGAACGCAAACCAAGAGAAUUACGUGAAAGAGUUGACAUUGAACAGGAUGUUGUUACUGGAAAAUACUAUAGAGACAGUGACUAUCAACAACGGAGUGUUGGAAAGAAGGUGAUAAUAACCGAAGAUAUACAAAGAGAGCCGGAACGCAUACGUGGAACAAGAUCUCGUGAAGAAAUGGAUGCUGAGAUAAGAGUUGAAAGCAGACCAACAGAAUUGCGGGGAAGAGUUGAUAUCGAACAGGAUGUUGUUACUGGAAAAUACUAUAGAGACAGUGACUAUCAACAGAAGAAUGUUGAAAAAAGGGUGAUUAUAACCGAAGAUGAACAAAGAGAACCUGAACGUAUACGCAAAACAAGAGGUCGAAAAGAAGUGGACGCUGACAUAAUAGUUGAACGCAGACCAAAAGAAUUGCGUGAAAGAGUUGAUAUCGAACAGGAUGUUGUUACUGGGAAAUAUUAUAGAGACGGUGACUAUCAACAAAAGAGUGUUGGAAGAAAGGUGAUAAUAACCGAAGAUGAACAAAGAGAACCUGAACGUAUACGCGAAAUAAGAGCUCGAAAAGAAAUGGAUGCUGACAUAAUAGUUGAACGCAGACCAAAAGAAUUGCGUGAAAGAGUUGAUAUCGAACAGGAUGUUGUUACUGGGAAAUAUUAUAGAGAUGGUGACUAUCAAACAAAGAGUGUUGAAAGAAGGGUGAUAAUAACCGAAGAUGAACAAAGAGAACCUGAACGUAUACGCGAAACAAGAUCUCGUGAAGAAAUGGAUGCUGACAUAGUAAUUGAAACCAGACCAAGAGAAUUGCGUGAAAGAGUUGACAUCGAACAGGAUGUUGUUACUGAUAAAUACUAUCCAAGAGACAGCGACUACCAACAAGGGAGUGAUGAGAGAAAGGUGAUAAUAUCAGAAGAUCUACAAAGAGAACCUGAACGCAUACGUGGAACAAGAUCUCGUGAAGAAAUGGAUGCUGACAUAAUAAUUGAACGCAGUGGUGUUGAUAUGGUACCUAAACAAUCCAAAAGGUACAUGAGUACUAUUACUCUGCAAGGAACGGACAUUUUUGAAAAACUGAGAGUUGAGAAACUAUUCGAGCUUGAAAACUACUUGGAAUCACGAGUUCCUAGUAGAUUUGACGACAGAAAAAUCAAAUUUAUAAUUCAAGACUUCGGAGGUGGUUUGACACAGCUUGCAAGGUAUUCAGACGAAUCAAGUUUAUUUGAAAAUAUCCGGGUUGACAGACCAUUUGAAGCUUACAUCGUAAAUGGAGAUGGAAGUCCUGUUGUUGACCGACCGUUUAUGUUCAAUUAUGACAGAAACACGGAUACAUUUUUUAUCGCUUCAACUAGACGAUUCAGCCAACCAGACAAAUAUUAUACUUCCAGAGAAAGGAUUGAAUAUGCUCGUCCAAAAGAAACAUCGGAAGAAUUUACAGAUAAAACUAAUAUGCAAAAACUUCCUAAGUUCAAGCGUAUUGAAAAUGAUGACCUUGAAAAUGAAAGUAUCAAUGCCCUAGAUAUUAUUCAACUGAUAAUUCCUUAUCCAGACGAAAAUAGGUAUGAUAUUAGAUACAUGAUACGAUGCAAAGAAGGACCCUGGGAUACUGUGAGCUUACCUGCAAAUGAAACUUACGUAGAAGUUAUCAUUGUGGAAAGGGAUGGUACUCUAGAACAGCUAGUAAUUCUCAAAUAUGAAGACAAAAACACAUACUCAAUCGUACAGUCAAAUACAGACAUAGACCAACUAAAAAGAUCAGUAAGAACCGAAGAAGAAUACAGACAAAUAGAAACAUAUCCAAUAAAGCGAAGGAAACCAGUAUUCAAAAGGUUCAAAGAGAGGUGUUGUGGAAAAGAUCAAAAGAAACAAAAAUAUACAGUCGUAGAGCGUGAAGAAUCUCUUCAAAGGCCUAAGCAACAAGAGGUUGUUGAGAUGAGUACGACGUCAAUAACUACUGAUGACAGAAGAAAACCUGUUGAAAGGCGUCGAGAAUUCCCACAAAGACCUAGACAGCAAGAAUUUAUAGAAACUACAGCCACAACCACAAUAGUACCUGCUGAAAAGACAUAUGAAGGUGAGAUCAGACCAUUGGUAAGAGAAGAGCGCGAGAAAUCCCCUCAACGACUUAGACAGCAAGAGUAUGUAGAAGUUUCCAGCAAAACCAUAACAGAAGAGAAAAUAAAAGAACCUAUGAAAGCAUCUGAUGGUGAGACAACAAAAACAUGGGUCUUACAAAGACGUGGUGAAUCUCCUCGCCGACAACAGGAAUAUAUAGAAGAAACUACCACCGCAACCAUAACAGAUGAAACAACAAGACAGCCUGGCGGAAGGCGUCGGGAGUCUCCUCAUAGAUAUAGACAGCAAGAGGAACUAGAAAGAGCUACUACUACAUUCAGGGUAGAUGGGAGAGGAGAGCCUACUACGUCAUCAUGGGUUGGUCAAAAGCGUAGGGAGUCUCCUCAUAGAUAUAGACAAGAAGAAAUAGAAACAGCUACCACUACAUUCACAGUAGAAGAGAGAGCAAGAGAGCCUACUUCGAAAACAUGGGUAGGUGAAAAACGUUUGGAUAUGAAACCGUCUGAUGGUGAGAUUAGAGGAAGUGUAGACGAAAGACGUUGGGAGUUUCCUCGAAGACGAACGCAACCCGAGUAUACAGAAACUAGACUCACAACAGAUGAGAGAACAAGUCUGCCUGCUGUGAAAACUUUUGAUGGUGAGAUCCAACCAUUGGUAGAAGAGCAGGUUGGUGAAUCUCCUCAACAUAGACAACAAGAGUAUGAACAAAGAACAACCACCAUCAUAACAGAUGAAGGAGAGCGUGCUGAAAAACCAUUGGUAGGCAAAAGAGUUAGUAAAUAUCCUUCCAAACCAAGAAGGCAAGAAUAUAUAGAAAUAACUACAGACGAAACCACGGUAGACGAGAAUAUAAAACAGCCUGCUGAGAAAAAAUAUGAUAGUGAAAAUAAAAAAUGGGUAAGGGUAGGUGAUAGGCGUUGGGAAUCUUCCCACAAACCUAGAAGGCAAGAGUAUACAGAAACAACUACCACAACAUAUGACAGAAAAAGGGAGCCUGCUGCAGAAAUAUCUGAUGAUAAUAUCAGAACACGGGUCAUCCAAAAGCCUUGGGAAUCUCCUAGAAGACUAAGACGGCAAGAUUAUGCAGAAAAAACUACAACAGUGGAAGAAAUACAAGAGUCCACUGAGAAAACAUUUGACGGUGAGAUUAGAACAUCAACCACAGCUACCACAAUAGAGGAAAGACCGAGAGAGCCUGUAGCAAGAAAGCCUGGUGGCGUGUGGAUAGGUGAAAGCCGUGGAUAUUCUCCCCAAAGCCGUAGACAGCAAGCGUAUGUAGAAAGACCCACCACAACAACCGAAACAGAAGAGACCACGGUAGAAACUUUCGAAGGCGAUAUAAGAACACGGGUAGGCGAAAGACAGCCAGAGUAUAUAGAAAAAACUACCUUCACCACAACCACAACAGACAAGACACACGAGGAGCAACCUGUGAAAGCAUUGGUAGAAGAGCAACUUGGUGAAUAUCCCCGUCAACAAACACAACGAGAGUAUGAGAGAUUUACCACCACAACCAAACCAGAUUAUGGUGAAAUAACAUUAGUGUUUGAAAUGCCUAAACAAGAAUAUGUAGAAACAACUAUAUCCACAACCAAAACAGGGGACACAAGAACAGAACCUGAUUCCAAAACAACUGAUGAUGAGAUUGUUGCAUUUGUAGAAGAGCGGGUUGGUGAAUCUCCGCAACGACCAAGACAAGAGUAUGUACAACGAAGUAUCACCACAACCAAAACGAAGGAAAUAAAAGAGCCUGGUGCAAAACCAUCUGGUGAUGAGAUUCCAUCAUGGGUAUUACAAAGACGUGGUGAAUCACCUCAACGACCAAGACAAGAGUAUGUAGAAACAAGUAUCACCACAACCAAAACAAAUGAGGAAAUAGAAGAGCCUGGUGCAAAGCCAUCUGGUGAUGUGAUUCCACCAUGGGUAUUAAAAAGACGUGGUGAAUCUCCUCAACGACCAAGACAAGAGUAUGUAGAAAGCAGUAUCACCACAACCAAAACAAAGGAGGAAAUAAAAGAGCCUGAUGCAAAACCAUCUGGCAGUGAUAUCCCAUCAUGGGUAUUACAAAGACGUGGCGAAUCUCCUCAACGACCAAGACAAGAGUAUGUAGAAAGAAGAUUCACCACAACAAAAACAGAAGAGGAAAUAAAACAGCCAGGUGCAACACCAUCCGAUGGUGAGAUUCCAUCAUGGGUAUUACAAAGACGUGGUGAAUCUCCUCAACGACCAAGACCAGAGUAUGUAGAAACAAGUAUCACCACAACCAAAACAAAGGAGGAUAUAGAAGAGCCUGUUGCAAAGCCAUCUGGUGAUGAGAUUCCAUCAUGGGUAUUACAAAGACGUGGCGAAUCUCCUCAACGACCAAGACAAGAGUAUAUAGAAAGCAGUAUCACUACAACUAAAACAAAGGAGGAAAUAAAAGAGCCUGAUGCAAAACCAUCUGGUGGUGAUAUUCCAUCAUGGGUAUUACAAAGACGUGGCGAAUCUCCUCAACGACCAAGACAAGAGUAUGUAGAAAGAAGAUUCACCACAACAAAAAGAGAAGAGGAAAUAAAACAGCCAGGUGCAAAACCAUCCGAUGGUGAGAUUCCAACAUGGGUAUUAGAAAGACGUGGUGAAUCGCCUCAACGACCAAGACAAGAGUAUGUAGAAACAAGUGUCACCACAACCAAAACAAAGGAGGAUAUAGAAGAGCCUGUUGCAAAGCCAUAUGGAGAUGAGAUUCCAUCAUGGGUAUUACAAAGACGUGGCGAAUCUCCUCAACGACCAAGACAAGAGUAUGUAGAAAGAAGAUUCACCACAACUAAAACAGAAGAGGAAAUAAAACAGCCAGAUGCAAAACCAUCCGAUGGUGAGAUUCCAACAUGGGUAUUAGAAAGACGUAGUGAAUCGCCUCAACGACCAAGACAAGAGUAUGUAGAAACAAGUAUCACCACAACCAAAACAAAGGAGGAUAUAGUAGAGCCUGUUGCAAAGCCAUCUGCUGAUGAGAUUCCAUCAUGGGUAUUACAAAGACGUGGUGAAUCUCCUCAACGACCAAGACAAGAGUAUGUAGAAACAAGUGUCACCACAACCAAAACAAAGGAGGAUAUAGAAGAGCCUGUUGCAAAGCCAUAUGGAGAUGAGAUUCCAUCAUGGGUAUUACAAAGACGUGGCGAAUCUCCUCAACGACCAAGACAAGAGUAUGUAGAAAGAAGAUUCACCACAACUAAAACAGAAGAGGAAAUACAACAGCCAGGUGCAAAACCAUCCGAUGGUGAGAUUCCAUCAUGGGUAUUACAAAGACGUGGUGAAUCACCUCAACGACCAAGACAAGAGUAUGCAGAAACAAGUAUCACCACAACCAAAACAAAGGAGGAUAUAGAAAAGCCUGUUGCAAAACCAUCUGGUGAUGAGAUUCCAUCAUGGGUAUUACAAAGACGUGGCGAAUCUCCUCAACGACCAAGACAAGAUUAUGUAGAAAGAAGCAUCACCACAACUAAAACAAAGGAGGAAAUAAAACAGCCAGGUUCAAAACCAUCUGGUGAUGAGAUUCCAUCAUGGGUAUUGAAAAGACAUGGUGAAUCUCCUCAACGACCAACACAAGAGUAUGUAGAAACAAGCAUCACCACAACCAAAACAAAGGAGGAUAUAGAAGAGCCUGUUGCAAAACCAUCUGGUGAUGAGAUUCCAUCAUGGGUAUUACAAAGACGUGGUGAAACUCCUCAACGACCAAGACAAGAGUAUAUAGAAAAAAGCAUUACCACAACCAAAACAAAGGAGGAAAUAAAAGAGCCUGGUGCAAAACCAUCUGGUGAUGAGAUUCCAUCAUGGGUAUUGAAAAGACGUGGUGAAUCUCCUCAACGACCAAGACAAGAGUAUGUAGAAAGCAGUAUCACCACAACCAAAACAAAGGAAGAAAUAGAAGAGUUUGGUGCAAAACCAUCUAGUGAAGAAAUUCCAUCAUGGGUAUUACAAAGACGUGGUGAAACUCCUCAACGACCAAGACAAGAGUAUAUAGAAAGUAGUAUCACCACAACCAAAACAGAGGAGAAAAUAAAAGAGCCUGACACAAAACCAUCCGAUGGUGAGAUUCCAUCAUGGGUAUUAAAAAGACGUAGCGAAUUUCCUCAACAACCAAGACAAGAGUAUGUAGAAACAACUAUCUCCACAACCAAAACAGAAACAACAAAAAAACCUGAGGGAGAAACAACUGGUGGGGAGAUCUUCGCAUUAGUAGAAGAGCAGCUUGGCGAAUCUCCUCAACUACCAAGACAAGAGUAUAUAAAAAAAACAACCACCACGACCACUACAGCUAAGGCAGAUGACAGCAUAGAACAGCCUGCUGCAAAAAGCACUGAAGGUAUCCCAACUGUGACUUAUAGAGAAAUUAAAUACGAAGAGGAUGGUGUUCAGAGGUUUGUUGCAGGAUCGUCAACCACUGUGCAACAGAUUUAUCAAGGCUCUUCAGACCUUCAGAGUGGUGAAUUCAUCAGCGGCACAGGUGACGCCAGUAGCAGCUCGAUGGCUUACGGCAUGAGUUCUGAGAGUGCUAGAAUGGUCAGCGGGGAAGUAUCUGAAAUUGUGCGCGACGACUCACAGGUGACUGGAGAUAUACAAGAAAGAAUGACAGUCACAGAGAGUAGACACACAUUCCGAAGUCACCCAUCAACUGAAAGUGGACAACAUCGAUUCCGGACUGAAAUCUCGGGUGUGGUAUUAAGACCACGUCCACCUACAAGCAGUUUCGGAUCUGAUGUAUCCUCGAUAGUUCAUGACGUCACGGACGACAUUAAGAAAUCAUACUUUUCUUUUACGGAAUCUUUAUAAAC